CAAUGAGAUUCCUCAUUGGUGUAGGUGGGGGGAUCAUCCCGGAAACCAGUGUAUUCAGCGGAAGGUGCACGAUGUCCUUGCCUGCAUGAUUUUUUGGAGAUAACUCUGAAAAUACAAAUUUGCGUUCAGAGGAGGUUUGACUGUCUACACAAAAUAGUACAUAAUGCCUCUUCAUAAAUACCCUCCCAAAAUCUGGGAUGCCUUGAAGAUGAAGCAGGGUAUCUACAGUCGUCUCCCUGCGCACUACCUCAAGUCCUUGGAGCCUAAAGAGCCCACACCGGUCCACUGGAAACCUCUGGGUGUAAAGUACAGAGCCAACCCAAAGACAGGGCUGAAGGAGCGGGUGCAGGAUGUCCCAAUCCCAGUCUACUACCCUCCGGAGUCCCAGGACGGCCUGUGGGGAGGGGAGGGCUGGAUAUCAGGAUUUAGAUACGCAAGGAAUGACAAACUGUCCACUCGUCUGAGGAAGACCUGGAAACCACAGCUGUUCAAGAGGGAGCUGUACAGUGAGAUCCUGGACCACAAGUUCACCAUCACAGUCACAAUGCGCACUCUGGAUCUCAUCGACGCCGCCUUUGGCCUUGACUUUUAUAUCCUCAGAACACCAAAGGAAGACCUGAACUCCAAACUGGGGAUGAACCUGAAGAGGGCGAUGCUGCUUCGCCUGGCAGAGAAAAACACAAAGCUUUAUCCCAAUGACCCCGUCAAAAGAGAAAAGGUUUACAACAAAUACAAGCAGCAGUUUGAAAUCCCGAAGGAGGAAGCUGAGUGGGUGGGUCUGAAUCUGGAAGAGGCUGUGGAGAAACAGAGGCUACUGGAGCACAAGGAGCCCAAUCCUCUGUUCAAAGAAUGUGUGGACAAACUAGUCCAGGAGCUUGAAAUGAAGAAACUGUUGGAGCCACAUGUAACGGAGAAGCAGUGACCGUCUGAAGCGUCUUAGCGGGGCAGAGGCUAAAAAACCUGAGGAGGUUGAACUGUUGAGCGUCUCCAGAUGGUGGUGGGAGUUUGGGUCACCACUUACUGUUUCAGUACUGAAUGCACGCCCGGGAAAGUUCCUACCGUUUCUGCUUUUGUGUCCUUCUGGGAUCAACACGAAGGUGGAAGAGACACACAAGAAAAAACAAUGUUUAUUUAUUUCAGUUAUGGUUUAUUUUCCUGUCCUGUGCAUUUAAGAGCCUUGCAUAAUACACCUAAGGGAAAAGCCUCUGUCCGUGUAAAUGAUUUCUGAUCAGCUGUGAUAUGUGGACAUGUAUACAGAAUAUCAAAAAGAUUAAAGUGUCCCCUGUUGUUUUUUCUUAAA